AUGAACCACUUCUUGGAGGUGAUUUUGCGAGACUCCUGCUUCAUCUUCGAGCUCUUCUUGAGAAACUUCGAAAAUCGGCUUCACGAUAAGAAGCCAGAGGAUAUAACUGACUAUAUAUUGAGAACACCAUGGCUGAUCAAAUGUAUAGAGCUGGACUUGAUAAUGCUGGAAAAUCAGCUACCAUAUUUUGUUUUCACCGAACUAUUCGACUUCAUCCUCGAAAACCAGCCGCAGAAUUUGAAUAACAUCCCUCCUUUUCUAUCCAAAAGCCAAAGCGAAAGUGAACGCCACCAUUUCAUUAUGAAGAUGACCUGCGAAUUCUUCAGUUAUUAUUACUACUUGUAUGGAAAAGUAACAACAUCUGAUUCGUUGGAAUCCGACGAAAUGCAACGCUUCAAGGACAUCAAAUAUUUCACUGAUUUGGUCAGGCAGUUCAUGCGUCCAAGUAAUUAUGUUCCUAGUUCUGAAUAUGCCAACUGUCGCCAUAGUGCAAAGGAACUAGACAGAGCAGGGGUGGACUUUGUGCCAUGUAGUAACAGGUUCUUAACUGACAUAAAGUUUAAUAAAAAGGGUAACAUAUUGGAGGUCCCUACAUUUGAGGUGACAGACUUCACAGAGUGCCUAAUAAGGAAUGUCAUGGCGUUGGAGCAGUGUCUUUAUCCUUUUGAGGCUCAAAUCUGCAAUUAUAUUUCCCUGCUUGAUCAACUUAUCAACACCGAUGAAGAUGUGAAAUUGCUGGUUAAGAAGAAGGUUGUUGCUAACUGGCUAGGCAGCAAUGAUGCCGUUGCCCACUUGAUUAACACGCUUUGCGACGAAACUCUGUUUUCAAGUCCCUACUACGGUGAAAUCCGCAUACAACUUAACAAGGUUCACGAAAAUUUUUGGAAUGUUACCAAGGCAACACUGAAGAGAGUUUACUUCACGGAUAUUUGGACUGGCAGUUCUACUAUUGUCGCUGUUGUUGUUGUUAUAUUCUCAAUUUUUUCAGUCGCUUCCAACAUCAAGGAUUUGUUCUUCUAA